AUAAUACUUUGCAAUGCGCAGAUCAAACAUUGUUUGUGUAUGAUAUACCUCUGCCACAUAGUACACAUACGGAGUUUUGCCUGCUGGAUUGAAACAUGCGUGUUUUUACCUGAUCAUAAACUUGGAGUGUAAUCGUCGAUUUAAUCAGGUAAACUGUUUUAGCGUUGGGUUUACACCCCUGAAAGUAGCGAUUCUUGAAGGUCGUUUAUAACUUUUCCAAUGUGUCAUGGGAAAAAGCUGUAAAUACUAAAGUUACCAAGGUAUACCUAACUUGACAUCGCGAUACCAUAUUGAAGUAGUGAAAUUCCAAGUUUCUCAAGGAAAAAAUGUGAAAGAAGGGACUGAAUGUGGCAACCACACGCUCCAUGCAGCAUGUUUAAAUGGUAGCAGAGAUAUGGUAGAACUCUUACUUUUUAACAAUGCAGAUGCAAACCAAGAAGAUCAUGAUAGAUGGACGACAGUUGAAACGGCUACACAGGAAGGCCACUUAAUCGUAAUCAAAUAUCUUUCAGUGGGUUGUGGGCACACGAACAUGAUGAAAGAUAUGGAUGGUAUAACUUUGGUACAUGCCUCCCAAAACACAGAUCAUUCUUCUUCACGAAUUCAGGGAACGUUGUGUAUUGAUGACUGUUUUCAAAUUGCGACACGACAACAACAACAUGAAGGCCGUCGGAAUGCAAUAUCUGCAGCAUUAGUGAAGGCAUCCUUUGUGGACCCCGAGACGCAGCCAUCUACAACACAUACAGAACAAUCUAAGCCCGAUAUGCAUAAUAUUCAUCACAAGAAUGAAUCCUUCCAAGCUGACAUUGAAAACGAAGGUUGUGCCGAACUUUCGUUGAAGACUCAUUUGACAGAGAUGCAUUAUGAUGAAGAUGACGACAAUGGUGAAUCUAGUCCUGUUUUUAGUGCCCAUCCAAAAUCUCCGAACGAAUCUAUCCAAACCAAUACUGAGGGUCUUCUUAAUACACCUGGACCUCAGACAUGGCAAUACAACAGAUUUGGUCCACCAUGUCUUCUGUGGACCCUCAAUACCGUUCUGAUCAGUGCCGAGCUUUCAGAUCUAAAGUCGCCAUGGCCUCCCUUUACUGAACAGAUCGGACACACAAGGGAAUUUUCAAUUCUGAUUGUCACAAGAAAGGAUUGUUACGUUGAAGGAGCUUCAUUAAAGUCAAACAGCAUCUUGGUAUCAAAACCUUCUCCAGUCGCUCAUCAAGACGUCUACAGCAAACAAUAUUUCUCCCACGCAACAGCAUUGUCUACAAAAAUCUCGGAACACCGAAACGCAUCGACUGGUCUGCCCCCUACAAUUCUCUUAUUCUUACAAACCUUCCUGCAGAUGAUUUUAGUACUAUCCAUCCUCCUUGCAGGAUUUCCAGUUAAUGUAAGGGCAGCCGGCAUCACCGAAGAGAUAACCCUGCAAGCAGGUAGUCGCGGUGUAGUCCCAUUUCAUUUACCAUCGUCCCAAAAUAACACAUUCCAGGGUUUUCCAUAUUACGUUUUUCGAUUUGAAUCGCAGGAUCGUCCAUUCUGCAUUAAUGGGGAACGUGAUGUCGAAGGCUUUAAAAGUCAGGACCAGUUAUCAAGAUUCAAUACCAGUGUCAUAGACUCAGACACAUCUCCUUAUGUCAAUUUGAUUAUUGACAACGUUGAGACUCUUGACCAGGAUGUGUAUAUAUUCAAGGCAAUCUUCUUCCGUAGUCUUGAGCACGUUCAGUAUGAAACUGUUAAGAAGAACAUUGUCGUGCAAAUACCACAUGGACCUGCGAAAUGCUUCAUUACUGUGAGUGGUGAUGAUGAAUUUCCAUAUGAGGUGCACUGUAGAGCAUCUUCUGGUAGUGCGGAAACUUCACUAUCAUGUUACCACAAUGGUCAAAAGUUACAUUCCAGGAACAGUAUUGCGGACGAUGGUCAAGAAACCAGAGGAAUAUUCUUCCUUCCGUUUGACACCCGAUUUGCUUGCUGUUCACAUGUAGCUUCGUCAUUUAUUAGUGCUGCAACAUGCAGUGACUUUGAGUGGCCACCUCGCAAGCAUUUCGCAGAUACUACAACACGUAUCGCUAGUACUCGACAUAAAUCUGUAAAUAUCACCAGCCUGACCAGCGACAGUCCUCUCAAUUUUGCAACCAGCACCACUACCAUGACUACCCAGAUGAAAUACUCCACUGAUUCUGCAGCUCGAAGGCCAUUCAUUUACCCAUCUCUUUUGUAUUUGUCAUUAUGGUCAUACCUGUCCAUGCAUGUUCUAAGCGCUGUAUACUAGAACAUAGAAUCUUAUACGAAACUACACUUCCGAAAUCGUUCCCAAAAUAUAAUUCUGUCAUGAUGUGUGAAUGCCAUUUCAAAAUAUAAUGCCAGGGGGAGGGGAAUGAUAAACAGUGUAACAAGUCGAUUUGGUAUAGCCUAUUAUAUUAUUCAAUAUCAAUCCUUCUUGCUCAUAAUCCCUUUUUAGCGUUCGUGGUCUAAAAAUGCUUGAAAUCUAUACAAUAGUAAUGGCAAUUUCUUACAAUGAGGAAUAAACAGUUUCAUAUACAUGCAGUUUCAUUCCAUUACCAAAUUCUGUUUAUGUAUUAAAUGGGUACCUAUAUUUGAGCACAGAAACACCUUGUAGUGAAAAAUGAUAUAUUGAGGGGUAUCGUUAUUUCAGAGAGGAUAAAUCAAGCAUCAUUCUUAAGUAAAAAAAAAUCAUGAUUAUAUUAUUGAUAGCAAUUUCGAUGACCAUGGAAAAUGUUUGCUUCUGCAAUUACAUUUGACACGUGUUUUACUUACAGACGUUAUGUUGGUUGCCUUUAAAAAAUUCAAUAAUGGGAAAGGAGUGUUUAUCUUUUGUAGGCACAAUUUCUUGGAAUGAGCUACCAAUCAAAAUCAGAAAGAAACGACAUCUAUUGGAAAAAUAAAUCUUUGUUAUCGGUAUUUUUGUUAUCACCUAGAUAUCUUUUAUAUGUAAAUACUGCUAGUCCUUGUUUGUUAUGUAGUCAUUGUUUAUAAUGUAUAUUACAGAGUAUAUUUACUCACGAUUGUUCAUUCUUAACUAACAGGUUAUGAAACAUGUUUCUAUAUACAUGACAUUGUAUCUCAACUAGAAGGGGUCAGACUUGCUUUUCUUUGAAUUUAUAACUGAUUGGCGGUAAACUUGUAAAUUUGUGUUAAUAUUAGAUAGCCAAGACAGAUAGCCAAGCGCGAUUGGUCAAUUGCGCGUCACGUGAUAUGAUCGAAAUCCGUGUAUUUUCCCAGCCGGUCCGCGCGUUCCGUUUUACACCCUGGUGAAGGCAAUCUCCAUAAAAAUAGCUAUAAAGCGACUAGUGAAAGUCUACACACGUCGCUGGAUAGAUAUGCAAUUCAUAACAGUACAACUGCACCGCAAUCAAUCUGCACAGCCACUGCGAUAGCACAGAGUUCCAUUUCAUGUACAGAAAGCAGUCAUAUGAAAAUCCGAACAUAUUUUGCAGUGGCGUUUUAUCCCGAUAUGCCUACACAAGGAGGUGAAAAAUCCAAAAUUCGGGCAAUUGAUAUCCUAAAUUAAUUUAGUAAGCAGUAUAAUAAUGUUAAGACAAGAAUAAUAACAAUAUAUUACAAAACGAACCUACAUCAUGUAGAAGUCCAUAGUGUUUCAAAAUGAUUCUAUGAAUUAAAAUGUAGGCCUUCUACUAUACCACUUCUGCUACUACUACUACUACUACUACUUCUACUAUACUACUACUACUACUA